AUGAGCAGUAUGUACUUAAGGCUGCUGCUGCUGCUGGUGGGAACGGCCAUCUCCGGUGUGUCUGGGGGGUCGUUCCUCAUCGAGUCCAACUGUUCACUGUGUCAGACCAUUCCCGUUCCAACAGCCUCGGACUUUGCCACUAUGUUAGCGGAUCUGUUUGACUCCACAAUCUACGAUAGGCGAGUUUUCCCUCGUUUGAUGCAGAACGAGACAAUAUUCGUUGACGUCACUUUUCAGUUGUACAAAAUUACCGAUCUGGACGAGGUAUCAGGUGUGAUGAACUUAAUGGCCAAGCUAACUGUGAUCUGGAAGGACGAGUACCUAACCCAGAGGUACAUCCCAGGUCACCAUGUACCGUAUGAGAUGGACUCCUUGCAGUCAGACGUAUGGUACCCAACCAUCACCAUCUUUAACUCUGUGAAUGCUCUGAAACCAAUCUAUGACAAGAAUUAUCACGUUAAGACCAUUCUGGCCGCUGCCAAGAACUAUUGGCGAGCCGGAGUGACCACUGCCACCGGAUGUUCGGUCGAUGCUACCUACUACCCAUUCGAUAGUCAGGCUUGUGAACUUGUUCUUACCAUGUGGGACUACAACGCAGAGGAAGUCAUGUUUGACAAUUCGGCCACCGAACUGGACAUUGAGUACUACGAUGAAAACGAGGAGUGGGAUUUGCAGGGGUCAACAGUGAGUACAUAUAACUCAUCUAACAAACCGUUUAGAAGGUAUGUACUGAAUUUGAAAAGGAGGCCAGUGUUUUUCAUUGUGAACAUGAUUAGUCCUCUAGUUCUAGUCGGGCUGCUCAACAGUCUCGUUUUCGUGUUACCUGCCGAUGCUGGAGAAAGAAUAGGCUUUGCUGUGAAUGUGUUUUUAACAUUUGCCGUAUUUUUAACGAUUCUGGCAGAGAAUUUACCAAAGACUUCUGCACCAUUAGCCAUGUUGAGUUAUUACCUCUCCUCUAUGUUGGCCAUGAGCAGCAUGUCGACUCUUGUUACAAUUUUUACUCUCCGGAUACAUGACAAGGACGAAGAUUCUACUGUUCCAUUUUACGUUGCUGCCCUUGUGGCUACAAUGACUUUCCGUAUAUGUAAAGAAAAAUACAGAAAUCCGGAAAAACCCGAACCUAAAGCUCCGCCACCGAAACCAAAGCCAGUGGCUGCGGGGCCGGAAGAGAAAAGUCGUCCGCCCUCGAGCCUGGGCCCCAGCGCCGCUCCGAGUCGAUUGGGGAUGGAAGGGGUCGCCGGUCCGAGUCGAUUAGGGAUGGCAUUGGACCCUUUAGACGAGGUUAAGAAACCGCCGUCACAACCAACACAGGCGGUCGUCGUAGAUGACGAAAGUGACGAGGAAGAGGAAGAUCAACAACCGGAAAUUAGAUAUGGUGUUACGUGGAAAAUCGUGGCGCAAACUUUAGACAAGUUUUUCUUUGUUGUCUUUACUAUCGGAAGUAUAGCGCUUUCAAGUGUGUUUCUUGUUCCUCUCUUCUCCAGAGCAUAA